AUGGACUCCCUGAGCACCCCCUUUCCUGCCAACCAGCUCACAGAGCACCGACUCAGCAAUUCCUGCUACCAGAUCCAAGAUGAGUUCCUCUCUGUGACGCUCCCUGUGAUGUACUCCCUCAUCUUCAUCAUCGGGCUGCUCAGCAACACCCUGGCGCUCUGGGUGUUCUCGUGCGGCACGCAGCGCAGGACCUCCAUCACUGUGUACAUGAGGAACCUGGCGCUCUCCGACCUGCUGCUCUCCCUCUGCCUGCCCUUUCGCAUCGCCUUUCAAAGCAAGAGCGAGCCUCUGAUCUUCUGCAACAUCAUCGGGGCCUUCUUCUACCUCAACAUGUAUGUCAGCAUCACAUUCCUCAGCCUGAUCAGCCUCGACCGCUACCUGAAGAUCAUCCGGCCCCUGCAGAAAUUUAGGAUUCAUACUGUGUCGUGUAGCACCGUGGCCUCUGGGGUGGUUUGGUUUGUGCACACAGUGUUCAUGCUGCCUUUCUUUUUUGAGACGAGAGGAAAAGGGUCCUGUGACCACAAGUGUUUCCACUUCAGGAGCAAAAGCACUACAGCAGCAGCUUUAAACAUGGUCGCAGUAGCUACUUUCUUCAUCCUGCUGCUGCUCUUCCUCUACUUCUACAGCAAGAUAUUUGCCAAGCUCCACAGAGUCUCUUCAGUGAAAGCUCAGCAGCUCAACAAAAGGACCGGCAUGAGAGCCAUCGCCAAGACCUUCGUAGUCCUGAUCAUCUUCAUUGUAUGCUUCACCCCCUAUCACAUCGUCCGCAUUCCUUACAUCCUCGCACAGGCGGGGGCCAUUUCUAGUCUGCCCUGGAAGCAGGGUCUGCACCUCGCUAAUGAGCUUGUGCUCUGCUUCUCAGCCCUCAACAGCUGCCUUGACCCAGUCAUCUUCUUCUUCUUGUCCAGCAGCUUCCGGAGGGCUGUGCUCUGCACCAUCCAGGGCAAGCUGAAGAGAGCUCUCCUAAGGAACCAGGGUGGGCUGAACCACAGCAGGUCUGUGACAGAGGCAUAG